AUGCUCUCCCACGUCGAGAUGGCACCCGCCGGGGCCGGCGGCGGCUUCAAGCUGUUCGGCAAGGUCAUCACGCAGUGCGUCGAGGGGACCCAGGCGUCGCCGUCGCCGUCGCCCGUGUUCGCCGCGCAGGACGAGGAGCGGCGGCUGCACGGCGAGACGGACCGGACGACGACGGCGGUCAAGCGGGAGGCGGCGGACAUGGACUCGUCGCAGCAGCAGCAGCAGCAGGGAGCGGAGGCAUCGCGGCGGACGCAGCUGCAGGAGUCGGCGGAGGCGCGCGCGGCCGCGGCGCCGCUGCCGUGCCCGCGGUGCCGGAGCCGGGAGACCAAGUUCUGCUACUUCAACAACUACAACGUGAACCAGCCGCGCCACUUCUGCAAGGCCUGCCACCGCUACUGGACGGCCGGCGGCGCGCUCCGCAACGUGCCCAUCGGCGCCGGGCGCCGCAAGAACCGCCCGCUCGGCCCCAUCGCCACCGUCGCCGGGCACCACCACCACCACCACCGCGCCGCCGCCGGCUUCGUCCUCGGCUUCCCCAGCCCCUCCUCCUCCCCCACCUCCCCACCGCCGGUGUACGCCGACCGGUGGCAGCUCGGGCCGGAUGGCCGGUUCUGA